GAGGCGAAUAGUGUUUUAUCAAAUCGUACAGGCAAAUAUUUUCGCGAAUUUAUCCAACGUUAAUUGUUGAUCUUCCAUUUUUCUAGGAAAAUAUUUACGCGCCUUUCGUCUUGAAAAUAAUAAAACCGAAACAACUUUGCUAACAAAAUCAUGCCGAAGUAGUGCUGCAAAUUAAAGUUGGAAAUUCAUGCACGGAAUUAUUCAAUCGAUUGUUGCAUGCGUUUGAUUUUCAGUAUCCUUUGUUGCAUUCCCGAGGCAGUCUACCCCGCUGAAAAUAUCCCAUGCCCAGCUGUAGAAUUUGCUCAUUCAGGUGUAAGAGUUUUAUACGCACACGAAAAAUAAAAUAACGAGCGUUUAGGCUUGAGCUGUAACUGUGCUUAAUAGGCCUAACACUUUCACAGUAUGUAAUUCAGAAAAUGUGUUUAUUGUGAAAAUGUGAAUAUUUUACCUAUGCUAACUUAUCGUCUAAUGAAAACACAGUCUUAUGUGGAAAGUAAUAACAUCUUGAAGAAAUAGUGUCCAGAACGUAAAAGACAAUUUUGAAGAGGAGCUGGAAAAUAUAUUGAAAAGACUUGAGAAAAGAAAAGCUAAAAUGGUUACGUCAUUAUUGUGGGUAGUAUUUAUCGUAUUGACGCUCACACCUGAAGUGGUAACAAAUGAAGCAACUCCUUCUGAUAAUAAAGCUUUGGCAGGUAUCGAUGACAGCAUAGCUACUGUUGCAACGCCACAAAGUGAUCUGGCGGCUACGAAUAAUGUUGAUACAUCAAAAGACAGCAUAGACGAUUUCCACGAAAGUUCUACUUCAGAGAAAUUAAAAAACUAUAUGAAGCUACGCGUUAAAAAUGAUCGAAAAAAGAAAAGAAAAGGCAAUGAUAAGGAUAAGGACACUACGGACGAAGAGCAGGAAUAUCCAAUGGAUGAUCAAGAUACUCAAGGAAAAACCGAUGAUAUGGAUGAUAUUACUGAUGAUUUGAAAAAGAAAAGAAAAGCAAGAAAGAAGAAACAGAGGAAGGAGAGGAAAGAAAAGAACAAGAAGCUUGGAUCAAAGGUUCAUGAAAACUUGUUGGACAAGUCAUAAAAAUGACAAAUUGCCUUAAAUACUAAAAUGGUCGGAAUUUUAAAGCCCCCUUUCAAUUUUUUUGUAAUAACUUUUGCCUCAUAACCGUUUUGAGGAAAGAAAUUUGGUGACAUUUCAUCAGUCAGCUCCAAAUUAGACAAAAGAUUUUGUUAUGACGCCAAGUCUGUUAUGGUGACGUAGCGGUUAACAGGUGGUCAGAUAAAAGCCGACAAAAAAAGAAUUUCUUUUCAUCAAAUAAUUUUUGCUAAAUCAUAUUUUAUUAUUCUUUUUAUGUUACUAUCAAGUCAUUUUACAAAUCUAAACCGCUUGCAACCAUUCUUCCUAUCCCGAGUUCAGAAAGUUCAGAAUAAAUUAAAAUAUUGUCUUUGUUUUGAUAGAACGACACUACCAAGCUAGCAUUGUUAUGCUUUAACAGUUUACAACGUUUACCAGACGUUGUAAACUGUUAAGGUUUUGUUUGUUCCACUCGGCAUACUUCAUUGAUCCAAGUCUCUAGUUACAUUGCACUUUGUUUACGUUGUGUUCGCUGUUUUUUAAAUAGAGAUUUACGUAGGAAGGUUAUUUUCUCAUCUGCGUCAAGAGGUUAUUUAGCGAGUCCAAAGGUUAACGUAUGGUCAUUCCAUACUCGUAUUAAAUGCAUUUCUACCUUUCUCGAUCAAACGCAGAGCUCUAUUGUUAGGUGACAGAGAAUUGUUUUUUAAAAUAUAUCAUGUCUCGUAAUUGCCUGAGCCUUUUAUAGAACUUUAGUGUAUGAUCUACAA